CGUCAAUCGUCAUUUAUACAUUGGGCCCCGAGAAGCAUAAAAGCGCGUAGUCAACACCUUGCUGUUGUGGAGCUGUUGCCGUUAGGUGCAAUCUUCCGUGCCGCCCUGCCGUCCACUUUUUCCAAGCAGCGAACGAAGCCAGUGCUAUCUUCGCUGACCUAAGUGCCCAGUCAGCGUCUGCCCAAUAGGGCGCCACCUUAGCGCGCUCAUACUUGCACACAGAGGCUCAACAACUUCGCACAAGCAAGUAUACUCUCCGUGAAACGAAAUCAACCAGAUCUUGGAGCAGCUUUUGAUUGACGCAAUGAAUUUCUAUGCCGUAACUUUCCUCGCGCUCUUCAGCGCGGCAUCUGGUGAUACGAGGCCUCGACAGAGCAACGAAGUAAUUAUCAGUGGCCAUAACUACAGCGCGAACGAAUGGGACCUUGGUGCCGUCAUAAGUGUACCUCUGAAAAGCAGCAAUUUUCAAUACUACGGGGUCAUCAGUAUCGGAACACCACCGCAAACCUUCAAUGUUGUCUUCGACACAAAUUCCAAUGUUACAUGGCUGCCUUCAGUUGGCUGCAGCAAGGCACAAUGUGGAGAUCGCAAGCUGUACGACAACCGCAAGUCCUCUUCGUACUCUCACUACGGUAUAUGGGUCGAGGUCCCGUCUUUUGCUGGGAACGGCAUCAAAGGAACUGCCGCACGUGAGACCAUCGACAUAGGUGGUGUCAAGCUCACGGACCAGCUCUUUGUUGAAGCAACCGUCAUCGAUCCUGAGAUUUACAACGGUCUACCCUUCGAUGGUGUCGUAGGGCUUGGCACCGAGCCUGAACUUCCUGAGCACUGGUCCGUCUUCGAUACGAUGAGCCAGCGACGCCUGCUGUUUAUGCCUUUAUUCGCCUUUUACCUUUAUAAGACACCUGACGGCGCUGAUGGAGUGAUUAAGUUUGGGGACUAUGACCCGGAUCAUUAUCAAGGAGGUCUGGCUUUGAUGCGUCUUCCUGGAGAAGACUGGUCUAUUCCCAUGUACCACAUAAAUAUUGGAGAGAAGACUAUAUGGAAGGAAUUCACUGCCAAGCCUGCUUCCGCACUGCCAUUCAUCUAUGGGCCAGAGAGGUACAUUGAUGAAAUCCACCAGGCCCUUGGAGCAACACGAAGCGGUCAAGGCGAGUACACAGUAGACUGCGAAAGAGUUCCAGAGCUGCCUAUUAUUGGACUUGAUGCCGGUGCUUGGUUUCAACUGGGUCCCGAGGACUACGUCGUUAAGGUGGGCACUGUGUGCUACAGUGGUUUCGCUGUAGGACAAGAAGGAAUCUGGCUCUUGGGGCAGAACUACCUUCGCUAUGUAUAUAUGUUCUACGAGAAAGGCGAAUGGAACCGAAAGCAAAUUGCCCUCGGAUACGUCCGGAAACCAAGCAACUAAGCGGCGCUACGCCUAUCGCCCUCAAAUGACAAUCUGAUUUCAGAACUUCGCAAGUACCCGUUUGUAUCUAAGAAGAAGGCAAGCUGAGGAAUUUGGCGGCCGCGCAUAAAAACAUUUAUUUUGCCUUAGUCUGUGUGUGAACAUUUCUCUUAAAACAGAUUACAGCCGUUGGCGUGACUUGUUCUUAACUUUUUCUUCUAGCAUCAUGAAUCAGAAGUCAAUAAAAACAUACCAGUGGCA